AUGGAAUUGUCGGCUGUAGGGGAAAGGGUGUUUGCGGCCGAAUCUAUCAUCAAGCGACGAAUACGAAGGGGUCGAAUGGAGUAUCUUGUAAAAUGGAAAGGCUGGUCUCCGAAAUACAGUACGUGGGAACCCGAGGAAAACAUCCUUGAUUCGCGUCUCUUCGUCGCUUUUGAGGAGAGAGAACGUGAGAGGGAGCUAUUCGGGCCCAAAAAGAGAGGACCUAAACCGAAGACCUUUCUUUUGAGGGCUCAGGCUAAAGCUAAAGCGAAGUCAUACGAAUUCAGGAAUGAAGCAACAAGGAGCAUACAUGUCACAUAUCCAAGUUCAGAGCCAGUGGUAACUCCUAGAGCGAGAGAGGGCCUCCGUGCUGUGGUGCCCACCAUUUUCCCUCCCAGUACAGUCAACAGAGGAGAGAGUGUGCGGGUCCGACCCCCUGAACCAACACGAGAACAUCAUCCCUCAGCUUUGGCUAGGUCCAGUGUUGAUGGCUUUCCCCCUGCUCCCAAAAAGAGAGGCCCAAAGCCCAAACUGCGCUUUAAGGAAAGCCUUUCAAGCAAUCUGCAGCCAGAGCUAGGGAAUCAGAGAGCAGAGGAACAAGUCACUUACAGCUCCUCGAAAAUGGCAAAACUGGUCCUGCAGGAAGAGGAGCAAAGGGGGUCGGAAUUAAGAAUGAUUCAGGCAUCUCACAGACAUCAAGGUUCCGGUUACUCCAAGAAGUCAGUUCGAGCUGCCGCAAGCGGAAGCAUCCGACACUUUGUGCCGGACCGGGGGUUCCUCUCCAACAGAAUGGGCACAGACUUUCAGGGUGGGAGAACUAUGGAAUGUUCUAGUCAUCUCCCUCCUCAGCAUCUGAAGCACAUGAAUAAGAGAAGCACCUGCAAAUCUGAGGACUUGCCAGUAAGGCAACAGUCAACGCUCAUUGCCAAAAUCCCUGUGUCCAGAAUACUGGGAGUUCCUGAAGAAGAUGCAUGGGCCCCCUGCUUAAACAACCUGGAAAAGGUUGUGGUAACAGAUGUGACGACAAACUUCUUGACAGUGACUAUCAAGGAGAGCAGCACAGAUCAAGGUUUCUUUAAGGACAAAAGAUAG